CCGGGCGGCAGCUGGCCCCGACGACGUCAUGGCUGCGGCCACUUCUGCGGGAGCCCGAGCGCGGCGGCCCGUCCCGGCGCGGACUUCUCGGUAUGGGCGGCGCGACGCUCGGGCGGCUCCAGCUGCUGCUCCAGCUGCUCUCCGGGCUCAGCCUGCGCCCGCCGGCCGCUGGGCUGUUCGUGACCGACUACUUCACUCGGACGCCCCGCAAGCUGAAUGCCUUCCGCUCCUUCACCAGCCUAGAGCUCUUCCAUUUCCGGAUCCCGGAGGACACGGCAGUGGCCGUCUGGAACCUGGUCACCUUCAAAGAACAGGGCGGCACCCUCGGGGUCCGAUGCCCAGACCGGAGCAUCACCGUGUAUUUCCGCUCAGGAGCGCCACCAGUCAUUAACCCGCUGGGCAUGCACUUCCCCAGGGACACAGCUGUGCCCGGCUCCUUUGCACUCACGCUCACCUGGACGCUGCCCAACCGGACCACUGGAGUCUUCAACAUCACCAGCCCCCUGCCCGGGGACUGGUUCCUGGCCGCCCAUUUGCCCAAAGAGCAGGGCAAGAUCUCUGUGAAGGGACUUGCAGAGGACUGCCAGUAUCUCUUCCAGCCGCAGCUCAUCAUUCAGCGCCUGGUGGGCAUUGGGGUGCUGCACCCAGGCUAUGAGACUGAGCACAUCCUCUCCCCCCACAAUCGGUCCCUGCUGUACAAGGUCUUCGUCCCGAGUUACACCUCCAGGGUGCUCGUGCAGUUGCGAACCUGCCACAGGGGCAACCAGAGUGUGCCAGGCUGCCCACUGGUGCUGAAAGUGCGUGGCAAGGCCCCCCCUCUGCACAAUUCCACAGCUGUGGACUGCCGAGAGCAGCUGCCCUGCUGCCUGGUGCUGGAGCGCCCCUUCUGGCAAAACUGGUACUUCAUCCUGGUGGAGAAGCUUCUGCCGCUGCCUGACCGGAUCAGCUUCCAGCUGGGGGUGCAGCUGAAGGACUGCUCCCAGACUGGCCUGGGGGAAGCCCAGCUACCUGCCUCCCACCUGAACAUGCCUCACUCCUUCGGCUCCCCGGGAGGGCUGGCCCUGGUGGACCUCCUGUCCCCCUCCCUCCCCAGCAGCUUCCAGCCCCCAGCCACCCCCACGCCCCCCCGGCCUCCCAGAGGUGGGGAGCACUGCUGGCCCACCCGGCCAACUCUGCGCAACGAGCUGGACACCUUCUCGGUGCACUUCUACAUUUUCUUUGGGCCCAACGUGUCGGUGCCCCCCGACCGGCCAGCCGUCUUUGCCAUCAACCUCCUGCCCGUGCUGGACAGCGGAGGGAUCCUCAACCUGGAGCUGAAGCUGAAUGUGUCUUCUCUGCGCGGGGAGAAUGCCACCAUCUUUGCAUGUUUGAACCACGAAGUGCCUUUGGCCUCAGAAGGGGACUCCCUAGUGACCUGCCAGACAGAGCUGCUGGCUGGGUUCCUGCUGUCCAUCAACGCCGCCUCCCCCUUCACCCGACUGCGGAUUCCCUACCCCCAGACGGGGAGCUGGUACCUGAGUCUGCGCUCUCUCUGCACCACGGACCGAAGGUUUUCGUCCUGUGGGAACGUGACUGCGGAGGUGUACCUGCGUGCCUUCCUCUCGCCCUGCAUCAACGACUGUGGCCCCUAUGGCCAGUGCAAGCUUCUGCGCACCAACAACUACCUGUAUGCGGCCUGUGAGUGCAAAGCAGGCUGGAGCGGCUGGGGCUGCACCGACAAUGCGGAAGCCUUCUCUUAUGGCUUCCAACUGCUCUCCACCCUCCUUCUGUGCCUAAGCAACCUCAUGUUCGUCCCACCGGUGGCCAUUGCGGUGCAGACCGGCUACCUGCUGGAGGCAGCCGUCUACAUCUUCACCAUGUUCUUUUCCACGUUCUACCAUGCAUGUGACCAGCCAGGCAUCGUGGUCUUCUGCAUCAUGGACUACGACGUCCUGCAGUUCUGCGACUUCUUAGGCUCCCUCAUGUCCGUUUGGGUCACCGUCAUCGCCAUGGCCCGCCUACAGCCCGUCAUCAAACAGGUGCUGUACCUGCUGGGAGCCAUGCUCCUCUCCAUGGCCCUGCAGCUGGAUCGCCACGGCCUCUGGAACCUGCUGGGGCCCAGCCUCUUCGCUGUGGGCGUCAUGGCCAUCGCUUGGACGGUUCGCAGCAUCCACCGGCGGCAUUGCUACCCACCCACCUGGCAGCGCUGGACCUUCUGCCUCCUGCCCGGGGCCCUGAUCGCCGCUUCGGCCGUGCUGCUCUACGCUUUUGUAGAGACGGAAGAGAACUACUUCUACAUCCACAGCAUCUGGCACAUGCUGAUCGCCGGCAGUGUGGGCUUCUUGCUGCCACCCCAGGCCAAGGCGGAGGCAUCCGAGCUGGCGGGACCCCUGCCUCGCCGGAAGGGUUGCGGCUACCAGCUCUGCAUCAAUGAGCAGGAGGAGCUCGGCCUGGUGGACCCGGGCACUGCUGGCACUGGCGUUUCCAUCACCAGUGUCUGCACCAGCUGAUGAAGGGCGAUGGCCUAGGGGACUUCAGACAUAUGGACCGCCAGGAUGAGAGCCCCCCCCCCACAAGCCAGACCACUCUUGCUCUGGACUCUGUGCCAACUAUGGACCCCUCCACUCUUGGCCCAGGGCCUCUGGUGCCAAGGGAGGGGAGACUGUCACGUGCCUACCUGCCUGGGUGCCCAGGGAUGAUGCAGAUGCAGAUCACGAGGCUCCCCUACCAUGCCCUUCCUUUGCGCACCCCCCCCCCAAUAUGCACUCACUACAUUGGAAGAUCAUUUUUGGAGGGAGGCAGAACAGCCCACCCCCUGCAAGCUCAAGUCCUUUGCAUCCUCAGAGGGGCAAAGCAGCAGCUGCUUCUCGCUUCAGAAGUCUGGGGAGGCCCGCAGAGUUGGAUAGGGGAGCCCCACCCGAUCUGGCAGGAUCCCCACAGAAAGGCCAGGCUGCUGCCAGUCCCCCCCCUGCCUGUCUGAGGGGACAGUGCCUCCAUUCCAGAUGGCAGAAGAAACCCAUCACGCACCCAGCCAGAACAUCAGUGCCUCUGAGUUUUGGCUGGGGUGGGGGCAGGAGGGCUGGCCCUGAGAAAGUGCCUCGCUUCAGACAUGUGGAGGCAGCGGCCGCUCCCCCGAGACCCACAUGCAAGGUUUCCCCACAAGUCAUCCUUGGCCUGUGGAGAGCUGCCCUCCUCACCGAGAUCCAGGUGUUGGGGUAGCCAGGUCCUGGCCACACCUGGAAAGUUUCCUGGGCACAGUUUCUUUCCCAUGUCCCGGCCGAAGCUGGCAGGCCCCCCCAUGGGAUCGGCUCCUACUGCCUGGUGCGGGAAGGGCUUCUCCGCUGGCCAGUCUUUACCUGGACAGCAGCCACUAAGUCCCAGGCCUUUCCCGCUGCAGCUGCAGCAGGCAAAAGGGCCCAGUCCGGCACUAACCCCCGCGGCUUCCCUCCCCCUGGAGCCCA